AUGUCUGUCUCUUCAGCUUCCUCCUCUCUCAUUCCCACCAAGUCACUAAUCCCAAACCCAUCCGCCUCCUCCUCCUCCUCAUUCCCAAUCGGGCUCAAGCCCAUCCCCACUCUCAAGCCCAACCACUCCCGCUCAAUCCUCGCCGUCCAUGCCGCCGAGCCCGCCAAAAACCCCGCGGUAGCCGAAAAGCCCACCAAACCCCAACCAACCACCAUUCCCCGGAACAUAAACUCCGGAAAAUGGACAAUCGACAGCUGGAAAUCCAAGAAGGCUCUUCAACUUCCUGAUUACCCUAACCAGGAAGAACUCCACGCUGUUCUCAAGACUCUCGAUGAUUUCCCUCCGAUUGUCUUCGCCGGAGAAGCGAGAACUUUGGAGGAACAUUUGGGAGAUGCUGCUAUGGGGAACGCGUUUCUUCUUCAAGGCGGUGAUUGUGCUGAGAGCUUCAAAGAGUUUAAUGCUAACAACAUUCGUGAUACUUUCAGAAUUAUCCUUCAGAUGAGUGUUGUCAUGAUGUUCGGAGGUCAAGUUCCGGUCAUUAAGGUGGGUAGAAUGGCCGGGCAAUUUGCGAAGCCGAGAUCGGAUUCCUUUGAGGAGAAGGAUGGUGUUAAGCUUCCUAGUUACAGAGGGGAUAACAUCAACGGUGAUGCCUUUGAUUUGAAAUCAAGGACACCGGAUCCACAGAGAAUGAUUCGGGCUUAUUGUCAAGCUGCAGCUACUCUGAAUCUUCUCAGAGCCUUUGCUACUGGUGGUUAUGCUGCUAUGCAGAGGGUUACUCAGUGGAACUUGGAUUUCACUGAACUUAGUGAACAAGGAGACAGGUACCGAGAGCUUGCUAAUCGUGUUGACGAGGCCCUUGGAUUCAUGGCUGCUGCUGGUCUCACUGUCGACCAUCCAAUCAUGAGAACAACUGAUUUCUGGACUUCACACGAGUGCUUGUUGUUGCCAUAUGAACAAUCACUCACUAGGUUGGAUUCAACUUCGGGCCUCCAUUAUGACUGCUCAGCCCAUAUGAUUUGGGUCGGUGAAAGGACCCGACAGCUGGAUGGUGCUCAUGUUGAGUUUCUUAGAGGAGUUGCUAAUCCCUUGGGAAUCAAGGUAAGUGACAAGAUGGAUCCAAAUGAGCUUGUGAAACUGAUUGAGAUCUUGAAUCCCCAAAACAAACCAGGGAGAAUUACUGUAAUCACUAGAAUGGGAGCUGAAAAUAUGAGGGUGAAGCUUCCACAUCUGAUCCGGGCUGUGCGUAGAGCAGGACAAAUUGUCACAUGGGUCAGUGACCCUAUGCAUGGAAACACCAUAAAGGCUCCAUGUGGUCUCAAAACUCGUCCUUUCGAUGCCAUCAGGGCUGAAGUGAGGGCAUUCUUCGAUGUCCAUGAGCAAGAAGGAAGCUUCCCGGGAGGAGUUCAUCUAGAGAUGACGGGUCAAAACGUGACAGAGUGCAUUGGUGGGUCGAGAACUGUCACAUUCGACGACCUUAGCUCACGCUACCACACACACUGCGAUCCAAGACUCAAUGCUUCUCAAUCACUCGAGCUUGCUUUCAUCAUUGCUGAAAGGCUAAGAAAGAGUAGGAUCAGAUCUCAGCCUCCUCUCACCUCUCCUCUUUCCACUCUUUCCACUGGUCUACUCUGA